AUGUCAAACCUGAAGCUUGAUUCCACAGGCGGGGGCAGCCACGAAUGGGCCGAGCACCACCACGACGCAGGCGAGCUCGGCCAUCUGACAGGCCUUGAGGCGUUAGAUACUGCCGGCCAGCCCCUGGUGUACUACUUUGGGGGCAUCCCCUACGCACAGGCGCCGACUGGCGAGCGGCGCUUCCGAGUGCCCCAGCGGCUGCCCAAGGACCACAAAUACGGCACGAGGGAGGCGCCGGGCCGCUUCGUGACAGGCACCCGGCCGUGCCCACAGCCUGCAAGCAGCAACACGCCGGCGGCCAGCGCGAUGAGCGAGGACUGCCUGCAGCUCAACAUGUGGGUGCCCGCGGGGCCGGCGCCAGCGGGCGGAUGGCCUGUCUGCGUCUGGAUCCACGGGGGGUUUCUGCAGGUGGGCAGUCCCAACCUCGGCCGGGACGCGCUGGUGCCGCUGCUCGCGGACCCGAGGUCGGCCGUCCGCGCAAUCUUUGUGAUGCCGGCCUACCGGCUCAACGCGCUGGGGUUUCUCGGCGGGUCGGCGCUCGCGGCCGAGGCGGCAGCGGCCGGGGAGCCCUGCGGCAACGCCGGGCUCUGGGACCAGCGCGCGGCGCUCGAGUGGACGCGCGACUGCAUCGCGGCCUUUGGCGGCGACCCGGCCAACAUCAGCGUCCUCGGCUACUCGGCUGGCGCGUACUCGGUCUUCCAGCAACUCGCGCACGAGCUGUACCGCCACGACGACGACGUGCGGCCUGGUGGCGAGACCGCCAUCAUCCGGCGCGUGGCCAUGUUGUCCAACGGGCCCGGUGUGAGGCCCAAGUCCCUCGACGACCAGCAGCGCCAGUUUGACGAGCUGGCCAACCUGCUCGGCAUCCCCGCGGACCUGCCCGCGGCCGCCAAGCUCGCGGAGCUGCGCCGCCGGCCCUGGGAGGACCUCGUCGCCGUGCAGAACGGCGGCGACGGCGCCGAAAAGACGAUGCGCGAGUCCGAGUUCCGCGCCUGGGCCGACGGCGACUUCUACCCGCUCGAGACGCUCGGCGCCAUCGCCAGCGGCGACUUUGCCGCCCGCAUGAGGGCCCGCGGCAUCACCCUGCUCACGGGCGAGUGCGAGCAGGAGCACACCGUCUACGUGCGCUGGCGGACGCCCGCGGACUCGUACGCCGCCGUGAACCAGCGCCUGUGCGCGGACUAUGGCGACGAGGCCGGGCGCCGGAUCCUCGAGCACUACUGCUGCGGGGAUGGGGACGGCGGCGCGCUACCGGCGGGGUACAAGGACUGGCAGGACCUCUUUGGCAGGCUGUACGCCAACGUGCAGGUGCACCACCUCUCGCGGGGGUUCCUCGACGGCUUGUUCAGGGGCGGGCUCGUGGCCGGCCGGGACGUGCUGCGCUACCGCAUGGAGCGCCGGGUCGCGUGCGUCGACGAGCGGCUGCUCCCCGAAUGGGGCGUGACACACCUCAGCGACAUACCCGUCUGGCUAUGGGGCGCCGACUAUGCCGGCGGGCUGACGGGCGAGGAGAAGGAGAUGCUGGCCAUCUGGAACCAAUCCCUGGCCGAGUUUGUCAGGGGCGACGCGGUCGUGAGCGGCUGGGAAGGCACAUCUGGCCCGCUGGACGUCCGGCGGUGGCGCAGAGACGGCGGGACAGAUGUGUGGGAGGAUGGAGAGCUCUGGGACCAAGGCGUGGCCUUCUGGAAGUCUGUCAACCAGCAGUGACUGGCAAGAGGGCAAUCUUCAUGCAUGCACCAGGCGCCAGGAAUGCAUAUUGGUUCAUUAUUUUUUUGUUUUUUGUUUCUCGCUAUGCACAGAUCAGAACUCUUAUAUAUCUGCUCUACUUUGUACAUCUUCACACUCCAGUUC